AUGCUCCAGAUUCGCCUGAGCAAGAUCGGCUCGUCGGACUCCGGCGCCGCCGCCGCGUCGAGCGCGGCGGCCGGGGCCGGCGGGGGCGGCGGCGCCCCGCCGAAGUCGGCGUCGGCGGCGGCGGCGGCCGGGGGCGGGCCCCCGGAGUCCGUCACGGUCGCGUGCCCCGACCACCUGGUGAUUGCCGACCUCCCCGUGGCCAAGAGCCUCGGCGCCGUCACGACCUCCGCCGUCGCGGCCGCCCGCACCAUCGGCCGCCGCUCCCGGCGCCCGCUCGGCGAGCGCGUCCACAUCUGCUGCCGCUGCGAGUUCCCCAUCGCCCUCUACGGCCGCCUCAUUCCUUGUGAACAUGCUUUCUGUUUAGCCUGUGCUAGAAGUGAUUCCAGCUGCUAUCUUUGUGAUGAGCGCAUUCAGAAGAUUCAGACUGUGAAAAUGAUGGAAGGGAUUUUUAUCUGUGCUGCACCUAUGUGUCUCAAGUCUUUCCUUAAGAAAGCUGAAUUUGAGUCUCAUGUACCUGAAGUUCAUGCCAACCUCCUGGCGAAUACUCCAGAGAGGGAAGAACGUAAUGAGCCAGAUGCUCCUAAUAUAUCCCGUGCUUCUGGGGGUGAUCAAAGACAAUCUCAGAUGCCUGAAAUGUCGACUGCACGUGCUCCUCCUAGGACUGGUGUUUCACCCUCUUCAAGUUCUCACAUGCAAGAUCGUGAAGACCGAUCUCGCUACCACCAUUCUAGGGAUCAGACCCCACAGAGGCCACCUAUGCUAGCAAGACCACCAUCAUUCCAUGGUCGUCAUUCUUAUCCACCAGGUGAUACUCAAAAUGAGAACCCACCUCAAGGAUUUGAUCGGCCCUACAACUGGGCUAGUGAGAAUGCACCUGGGGCAACUCCAGUCCGCCAAGAAUCGGAGCAUGGUAGUCAAGACAAACAGCAAAUGAUGCCUAAUGCCCCUUUCAUGUUUCCUCCAAUUCCUCAUCAGUCAAACUUCAUGAUGCCCAUGAAUAUGAAUCAGCCAUUAAUGUCCAAUGCAUCAUUCAAUUACCCUCUCCAACAAGAUGGAAACCCGCAGUUUUUCAGUGCUCCUUUCCAGAUGCAACUACCAGAUGUUGGACUGGAUCAAGGUUCAGCCUCAGGGGUCCAACCUGCACCGCCUGGUGGUCCUUUAAGCUUCCCCGAGGGGCUUCAGCGCCCAUGGGGCAUGGGAUUGAUGGGCAACCCAUUUCAGUCGAUGCCACUUGGACAGGGAAUGCCUGAAGGUGCUGGUGAACCUCAGGGAGGUGGUGGAAUGGUUUUCCUGCAAGGUGGUUUUGGAGUCAUGCCAGAUGGUUCGAUGAAUUCAGGUAUACCAGGUAGGGAUCUUUCAGGCCAAGGUGAUCGGGGUGUUCUAGCGCAGAUGCCCAUGCCCAUGCAAAUGCAGAUGUCACUUCCCCCACCUCCCCCUACACAGCCCCCAUCAGGUGGACAGCAACCUUUUAGCAGAACUUGAUUAAUUCUGUAUGGUAAUUAAUUGUUGCUGUCAAAAUUGGAUUGUACUUAUUAUCGAGGAAAUUUAGUCAUCAUUUUCUGCGUUGCUGAUGAGCAUUCUGUGGCCCUAUGUUAUCCCAUGGGGUUUCCCCUUCUGGUGGAUAGGAUCAUGUAUUGUGCCAUGAACGAUGAUAUCCCUAAUGAAAUUUCUGUUGAGAUUGAA